AUGGCGCGCCGCGGCGGCGGCUGCUGCUGCUCGGGCGCGGGUCACCUGAACGCGGACAACGCGCGGUUCCUCCUGCUGGCGGUGCUGAUCGUGCUGUACAUGCUGUGCGGCGCCGCCGUCUUCUCGGCCAUCGAGCUGCCCUCGGAGCGGGCGGCCAAGGCGCGCUGGGCGGAGCGGCUGGAGGGCUUCGCCCGCCGCCACAACCUCAGCCGCGCCGAGCUGCGCCGCUUCCUGCGCGCCUACGAGGAGGCCAGCGUGGCCGGCAUCCGCGUCGACGACGCCCGUCCCCGCUGGGACUUCACCGGCGCUUUCUACUUCGUGGGCACCGUGGUGUCAACCAUAGGGUUUGGCAUGACCACCCCAGCCACCGUUGGAGGCAAAAUUUUUCUGAUCUUUUAUGGCCUUAUAGGAUGUGCGGGGACCAUUUUAUUCUUUAACCUGUUCCUGGAGCGCUUGAUCACAGUCAUAGCUUAUGUCAUGAAAUCCUGCCACGAGAGACAGCUGAGGAGGAAAGGAGUCCUUCCUCACGACGGCCGGUGGGGCUCGGGGGGCUCCGAGGUGGACAGCUUGGCGGGCUGGAAGCCCUCUGUGUACUACGUCAUGCUCAUUUUAUGUGUAGCAUCACUCAUCAUUUCCUGCUGUGCCUCUGCUAUGUACACGCCAAUUGAAGGGUGGAGUUACUUUGACUCGCUUUAUUUUUGCUUUGUGGCCUUCAGCACUAUCGGUUUUGGUGAUCUGGUCAGUAGCCAGAACGUCCAGUAUGAGAGCCAAGGCCUUUACCGCUUUGGCAACUUUGUCUUCAUACUCAUGGGGGUUUGCUGUAUCUAUUCCUUAUUUAACGUGAUCUCUAUUGUCAUCAAACAAUCCAUAAACUGGAUAUUAAAGAAGCUGGACUGCAGGUGCUGCCAUAGAUGCCAAAGAAAAUUAUUUAGAUCACGGAGGAAUGUGGUAAUGCCAGGAAAUGUGCGCAGCAGAAGAAACAUCUCCAUUGAGACUGAUGUUAUCAAUGAGAGCGACACAGAUGGACGCCGGCUGUCAGGCGAGAUGAUCUCGAUGAAAGACUUCCUGGCUUCCAACAAAGUUUCACUGGCCAUCAUGCAGAAACAGCUGUCAGAAACUGCCAAUGGCUAUCCAAGGCAAAUGAGCUCUAACUCAAAGCAAAAUGGAUUCUCUGGUGGGGUUGGAGCCCUAGCAAUUAUGAAUAACAGACUGGCAGAGACAAGUGUGGAUAGGUAAAACUAACAGUAAUAAGAAUGAAACCAUAUGAAGCAUUUCAACAAGUAUAGAAAUAACAUGGAGCAAGUGGAAAUAGCUAGAGGCAGAGUGCCACCAGAGAGGGAGAGUGACAUGGCCAGCACACCUUCUGCUCAAAGAUCUCCCACUCUUUCUUUGGGCUGUUGGUUAAUAUCUUUGUUCUUUGAAUUGCACCAAUCUCAGCCUUCCUUAUUCUCCUUCCUUCUGUUCCUCAAACAGACUACUGCAGGAGAAAUUUCAUUUGGCCUUCAGAUCAGUUGUCCAUGCCCUGUUUUCCUCCGUUUAUGUGAAAUACAGGUUUCAGGAUAAGAAAUAGGGGAUAUUGGAGGAAAUCAAGAGUGUCUGCUGAACAUAUUCUUAAUUCAAAGAUUGUUUUAACCUUUCUGUCUUAUUCUCUUCAGACCUGUUUUCUGAAUGUAUCUUAUCUGAGACCAAAAGAGGAAUCAUUAUAAGCCUUUCUCUGUGAUAAUGCAGAUCUAGUUUAAUGGAAUAGAAUAACAAACUAUUUUCUUUUAAAUCUCUUUAAAAUGUAUUCCUAUUGUGAAAUAGCUUUGCUUGAGAAGCCAAGUUCUGCUGCUAUUAAUGUUUGUAUAAAUCUGGAGUAAUUCUACAGAAGUUACUAGAACUACUCUGGAACUAUUGUGAUAUAAAUGAGAGGAGAAUUUUGCCCUUAGAAUUUAAUUUAGUCUUCCCAUUAAAAGGACACUGUCAAAAGUGAUAGAAUCAAAAUGUAUCCUACUUUUGUUCUCUCCUGCCUGUUUUCAAAACACAUGUGAUUUUUUUCUAGGCUAUUUUUUCCUCUAGAAUUGAGUCACUCCAGUCUUCUGUUUCAAAAAGAUCUAAUUAAAUUGAAAUUCGCCAUACUGACAAGUUGUAUGAACAAUUCCACAAUAACAGUCAGAGACCUUUCCAAAUCUGUGUGAAUUAUGCUCAGUUGUGACUGUAGCAAUUGAACAUCAACAUUAUGAAACAUAACUAAUAACUGUGUUUACACAACAGGUUUUAUCAUGCAAUUAGAUUGCCAUGCCAACUUUCCAGUGUAUUAUUAUAAGCGACUAAGACCACAAAAUCACUUUGGCAAUGUCCUUUUUACCUUUUAUGUAAUUCUGUUAUUCUUCACCUCUUUUCUGGCAUUCAGUGAUGAUAAUGACAGGGUCUUGACUAGGGAAAUAGAAAAUGUAUAACUCCUCAUUUUUCUCAAUGAAAUGUUUUGAGUGUUCAUUAUGGAUAGAAAGGAGACUUCAAGGAGAACUGUAAUAACAGUGAGAAGAAUAUAAAAACAGGAAACUAGAUGAUCUUUAAUGACAGUGAAAUGAUGCUUUAUGUUAGGUAGCUGGAGAAAUAAGGGAUUAAAUUAAUAUAAAGGUCAGUAAGAUUUUAAGGAAGCCUGGGCUGAAUUCCUGGUUCUCCUCUAAUCAUGCAGUACAUUAAACCUAAAGAGUAUAUGAGGGUAUAAAUAAGCAGAAUUGAUCACAAAGGAUCUGAUCCAAUUCCCUCCGAAGAGAAGAGCAAGCGAAUCAGGAUUAAAUGUUUUCUCACUUCUGAUAGCUAGAAAACCUUUUAGAAUACUACAGUUUUAGGGAAUGUACAACACCAAUGUGCAGUUCUUAAUUUCUCUUAUAAGGAACAAUGCAGAUAGCCUCUUCAGUUUAGUUUGUAUUAGGAAUAUAUUUUAUAACCUUUUUCUUACUCCUGGCCAAAAGCUCUUGUGUUUAGGGUUCCUAAUAUUAUAGGAUAAUAUUUUAAUACCCAUUUUAAACAUUAUUUGUAUUUAAAAAGAAAAAUGUACCUCAUGGAAUCCUCUCAUAUAACAGAAUAAAACCUACAUGUUAGAUUAAACAAUUCUACUUAACUAGUGAAAAGAAUUGCAAACUCUUCCUGACAUUUUACCGCUAAAAAGUCCUGAUUAAAAGUCAAAUCUCGCUGUCCUUACUUACAAGGACAGCUUCAAGCUGAAGCCAUUAGUCCAGAUUCUGAUAUCACUCAGCUUUGCAGCAGCAAAAUAUCCCUGGGGGGAUCUCUCCGCAUUUACAUUCAUGUAAAAUCAGAAUCAUCUCUUAAACCCUAACUUUGGUGAAUAAAGCAGUCUGAUUUGUUUCUGGUGUUCUUAAGUAAAAUUUGCCACUGAGAUAUUUUAGAAUAUAUUAUAAUACCCAAGCUCCAUUACAUUGUUGUGCUUUUUUUUUUUUUUUUUUUUU